AUGGCUUCAACCCCAUCGGGUCUUCUUGGAAACCCUCACUUCCAGCAACAGCAACAGCAACAUCAACAUCAACAUCAACAUCAACAUCAACAUCAACAUCAACAUCAACAUCAACAACCACAGCAGCAGCAGCAGCCACCUUGCAACUCACCCGCCCAGAAACAACAAUUCGCUGCACCAGUACAGUCAUACGCGCUCCCACCGCAGGCGGCUUUAGGCACAGCUUCAUCUUCCCAGUACGUUGCAUCGCCUCUACAACACGGAGCUCAUAGCACUCUCCCCCCCCCGACUAUAGCACCCCUUUCCCACACUUCUUCGCAGAUCCCACAGCCAAAUCUUGAUUCAGACUCCCGGCCUCUACCACACACUAUGAUGCAUAUACCUGGAACACAGGCGCCUCGCCCCGGUGGUGCUUCAGCCACGAGCUCUUCCUAUCCUCUGCCCAAAACAGAAAUCGUACAUAGUUUUGUCCGAACUACACAAUCGAAGGACAUCGUUGGCCACACAAAUGCUCAGCCAGCAUACCGGAGAGCGCACCCCGAAGGUGGUUUCAUCAGUCCAGUUCAAGCCCUUACCAGCUACUUGCCGGCGACAUACAGGAUUUGCAACCCAAAUUUUAAAUACGAAUCAUCACGAAAUCCUAGACGGGUAUUAACGAAGCCUAGCAAAGGCGUUAAGAAUGAUGGAUAUGACAACGAGGACAGCGACUACAUAUUAUAUGUAAAUGACAUACUUGGCUCCGAGGAGGCGGGACAUAAGAACCGCUACCUUAUCCUCGAUGUCUUAGGGCAAGGUACAUUCGGCCAGGUCGUUAAAUGUCAAAACUUAAGAACGCAAGAGGUUGUUGCCGUGAAAGUUGUCAAAAACCGCACAGCAUAUUUCAACCAGAGCAUGAUGGAGGUUUCCGUACUGGAUUUGUUGAAUAGCAAGCUUGAUAAAAACGACGAGCAUCAUAUACUCCGACUUAAGGAUACAUUCAUACAUCGGCAACACCUCUGCCUGGUCUUCGAACUCCUAAGUGUCAACCUCUACGAACUCAUCAAACAAAACCAGUUCCGGGGGUUGAGUACUACAUUAGUUCGGGUCCUAGAGAGCCCCAUUAUAAAAGUGAUUGAUUUUGGAUCUGCUUGUGAUGAGAGGCAAACUGUCUACACGUAUAUUCAGUCCCGAUUUUAUCGGUCUCCCGAGGUCUUACUCCUAUUACCAUAUUCCUCCGCCAUCGACAUGUGGUCUCUCGGAUGUAUUGUGGUGGAGUUGUUUCUUGGACUCCCUUUGUUCCCUGGUAGCUCCGAAUAUAAUCAAGUUGCUCGGAUCGUCGAGAUGCUAGGGCUUCCACCAACUUGGAUGUUGGAAAUGGGGAAGCAAUCGGGAGAAUUUUUUGAGAAAGUCACUGACGAAUUCGGAAGGAAGACUUAUCGAUUAAAAAGUAUGGAAACAUACUCCCGUGAACAUGGCACUAAAGAACAACCUAGCAAGAGAUAUUUCCAGGCUACCACACUCCCCGACAUCAUAAAUCAAUAUGCGAUGCCGCGAAAAAACAUGAAACCAGCAGAGAUAGAAAGAGAAAUGAACAACCGGGUGGCUUUCAUUGACUUUGUUCGAGGGUUGUUGAACAUAAAUCCAUUGGAAAGAUGGUCUCCGCAACAAGCAAAACUUCAUCCCUUCAUAACACAACAAAAAUUUACCGGGCCGUUCGUACCGCCCAUGAAUCUCAAGUCAUCCCCAUCCGGUGGAUUGCCAAAAUCUCCACACCCGCCUAUGGCAUCGAAUACAAGCCAAAGCAGCAACCCCCAAACUAUCUCAUCGCAGCACAUUAGCAGCAACCCUGAUCAGGCCUUGAAGAAUAAAUCUAAUACAAGCGGGAUACCUCAGCAGAUAACCGCUAACUACCAAAACCCCUCUGCUGGCGGAUACACUAACCCGGCGUCCCACCCCGCACAAACCCAACCCCCAACGUAUAGUGGCCCAAAUUACGGUACCAACGGUGGCCAGCAAUUCCAACAGCAAGUUGUCAAUCCGCCGCCACCCUAUAACACAAACCACGCAGGGUAUAAUGCUUCGCCAACAGCACAACACCAACCGAGCCAACAGCCAAUCGGGGGCGGGUACCAUGCGCAGCAACAGCCUCCGAGCCUAUACCAGACUGCCACCACCCGGGCUGGGCGCCAACGUGCUUCUACAAUAGGACAAAAUGAUAGUGGUAUACCCCCCCAACUUUCACGUCACGCAAUGCUGCUAGAUCCCAAUCAGCCUAUCCGGCUACAGCCUAGUCCCGCUUACUAUCCCCCCCCAUCAGACGGGGAAGCAGCGAGUGGUAGUAAGUCGAGGAGACGCAGUCAGGCGGGUCAAGGCGGGCAGAGGUCCCAGCGAGAUUUUAUCAGGACUCUCGAAGACCGGACCCUGGAGGAUGGUUUGUUUAAUAAUCAAACUCAGUGGCAAUGA